CCCGGGUUGGCAGGCAAACUUCCCUCCGGGUCGUACUUGGUUUUACUCGGUUUUUUGCUGUCUUUAUUACUACCAUUCCUCCCAAACAAAAUCGCGUUUGCGGGGGUUCGAUGACACCUUGUGAACCUGAGGUCUAUUAUCCAACCGCUUCGACGACAUGGUCGGGAAUAUUGAGGAAACAUGGCCGCUCAGAGAGAUUGUGUACACCGCAAUAGUUGGCUUGGUGAUGCUAGCCGCCUUGCUGGAGUGGUUCCUCUGGAUAGCCGCCUUCCUUUAUUGUCUGUGGAAGGUGUUUGUCAAGGCAGAGCACUGGACCGUCCGGGUUCUCGCAGUCUUGGUGGGGGUUGCGUUUACCUUGCUCAGAUUCAUCUUUCUUCCCAUCAUGAUCGUGACUCUGCCGCUCCCUAGCCAGAUCGUACGUAUCUGGCCUCCGGCCAUGGUCUCCUUUCUGCAGUGGUUCGCCUUUUGGAGCUUCGCCGGGCUUUUAACAAUCCCCUGGCUGUUCUGCGUCUACCAGAUCGUCACCCACCAGCUCGGCAGGACGAAGCGCAUCAAGCAGGUCCUCGACGAAGUGUCCGCUCCGAAGGUUGUCAUUGUCAUGCCCUGCUACAAAGAGGAGCCCGAGGUGCUCGUCACGGCCAUCAACUCAGUAGUCGACUGCGACUACCCGCCCUCUUGCAUCCACGUCUUCCUCUCCUUCGACGGUGACCAGGAAGACGAGCUGUACCUCAACACCAUUGAGAAGCUCGGGGUUCCCUUGACGCUGGAGUCGUACCCCAAGAGCAUCGAUGUGACGUACAAAGCUGCUCGGAUCACGGUAUCAAGAUUUCCUCACGGAGGGAAGAGACAUUGUCAGAAAAUGACGUUCAAGCUUAUCGACAAAGUGUACCGCGAGUACCUGAGGAGGAACGACAACCUCUUCAUUCUCUUCAUCGACUCGGACUGCAUCCUGGACAGGGUCUGCCUGCAGAACUUUGUCUACGACAUGGAGCUGAGCCCCGGCAACAGGAGGGACAUGCUCGCCAUGACGGGCGUCAUCACAUCCACGACCAGAAAACACAGCCUCAUCACGCUUCUCCAGGACAUGGAGUACAUCCACGGCCAGCUGUUCGAGCGGACUGUGGAAUCGGGCUGCGGCGCCGUCACUUGUCUUCCCGGCGCCCUCACAAUGCUCCGCUUCUCAGCCUUCCGACGCAUGGCAAAGUACUACUUCGCCGACAAGGCGGAGCAGUGCGAGGACCUCUUUGACUUCGCAAAGAGCCACCUAGGCGAGGACCGCUGGUUGACGCACCUGUUCAUGAUCGGAGCGAAGAAGCGGUACCAGAUCCAGAUGUGCACGUCGGCCUUUUGCAAGACCGAGGCCGUGCAGACGAUGCGCUCGCUCAUCAAGCAGCGCCGCCGGUGGUUUCUUGGGUUCAUCACCAACGAAGUGUGCAUGCUGACCGACUGGCGGCUGUGGAAGCGGUAUCCCAUCCUCGUACUCGUCCGCUUCAUGCAGAACACGAUCCGCACGACGGCCCUGCUCUUUUUCAUCAUGGUUCUUGCGCUUAUGACCACCACCAAAACCAUCAACGACCUGCCCGUCGGGUUCAUCGCCAUCUCGCUGGGGCUGAACUGGCUGAUGAUGAUUUACUUUGGCGCCAAGCUCCGCCGCUUCAAGAUCUGGCUCUACCCCUUGAUGUUCGUGCUAAAUCCCUUUUUUAACUGGUACUACAUGGUGUACGGCAUCUUCACAGCCGGUCAGCGCACCUGGGGUGGACCGCGCGCGGACGCCGCUGCUGCCGACGCGACAACCACGGCGCAGGAGGCCAUCGAGCAAGCCGAACAGACUGGAGACGACCUCAACAUCGUGCCCGAGUCAUUCAUUCCCGCCGCCCAGGAACGCAAAGAACUGGCCGAAGCCGAAGCCAGCAAAGAGGGCACCAUCCUCACAACCAAGACCAUGAAGAAGCAAAAGCCCACCAUCACCACCACCGGCAUCACCACCACCGUCACCGGCUCUGGCACCUCAGGUGUCCACCGCACCCGCAGCGUCCUCCUCCAGCCGCCCGACAAACUGAUCGGCAAGUUCGCCGCGCCGGAGCGCACCCCCUCUGGCUGGUAUCAGCACCCAGACGACUCAGUGGCCAGCAUCGGAUACAAUUUGACUUUCCGUCCCGCCACCACCACCACGACGCCAUAUCACCACCACCCCGGCAACAACCCAACAACGGGCUUACAUCACCUCAGCAGGGAGUCCUUCGACAGCGCCCUGUCAGCCUACACGACAGGCAACACGUCGGUGUACAUGCCGCAGCGGGUGGAGAGCCUGAUGGGGGAGGAGGACAGGCGGAAAUACGAGCUCGCGGCACAGGCUAGCGGCAGCCACAACCACGGCCAGAGCCAACUCGUUGCGUCGCUGUCACCGUCGUCAUCGCGGGUCUGGGGGCCGCCCUCCUCCCUGACUCCCCUGAGUCGGCCACAGCAGACGACGACGGGGAUAGUCUAUGAGGUGGGGGACGGCGACGGCGAUGAGAUGAUGAUGAUGAUCGCUGGCGGUAGCUCGGGGUCUGCGUCGUCGCGGGCUGGGUCGGUUCAUGAAUCGCAUCAGCAACAGCAAUCCCAGUCGCAAUUUCAGGGAGGGUCGACGGAUUCGCUUGGAGAAGAGGGAGGCACUGCGGGCAAGAGGCAGUCGCUUAUCCCGCAUCUGAAUCCGCCUCCGCCGCCGCCGCAGACUGUGGGUGGGCGGUCAGGGAGGAGUCCGUUGGGACGGGCGAGCUGGACGAGGCCCGUUACGAGGGAUGAGGUCGAGUUGGCCAUGGAGGGGGUUAAUGCGCCGUCAAAUGUGGGAAAGGAGCAGGCGGAUCAGAGGGGGAAGGGCUGGUAGUCGGGGACUGGGGUGGUGCAGGUUGAUAGUACUUAGGCACUGGGAUCUGGGGUUGAUUGAGUGUUUGACAGGGGACAUGUGUAUGUUCCAGGGGCCGUAUCCCACUGGCAAAGUGAGCAAUCUAGAUUGAAUUGAUUGUCUAGCGAACGGUUGCUCUGAUUACUGAUUCUUGUUUUCCGGCUUUUUCAAGGGGGUAGUAGCAAUCUUCGAUCUUGCCUUCGAUGGUGUUGAGCUCGGCGAGUACGCUGUCACGUACGUCAUGUCAGUGAUGGGGACAGUAGGGACGCACCAAAAAAGGAGACGAAGAGG